GGCAGGAGGACAGGCUUAAGGAGCUGUACUGGGGGGAGGGCAGGGACAAGCGGGCCCAGGCCUGGCCGGGGGAGGGAGCAUGGAGCCAUCUGGGUCCCCGCGGCAUGGGGCCGAGCCCAGCUGGUGGGGUAGCGCCCCCCAGUACCAGUACAUGUCCUUUGAACACUGCACCAGCUACGGACUGCCCUACAAGAGCGGGAGCCUGCAGCACAGGCUCCGGAGGGACGCGGGCCCCCAUCCCAACGCCGGCCCCACACAGAUCCAUGGCCAUCACAAAGAGCAGUUCUCAGACGAGGAUCAGGACACGGGGAUGCCCGAGACGAUGGACUCCAGUGCUUCCACGGACCACAAGGAUGAGGAUCACUAUUCUAAAUGUCAAGGUUGUAUCCACCGUCUGGGACUCGUGGUGAGAAGAAAAUUAGGGGAAGACUGGAUCUUUCUGCUGCUUCUGGGGCUGCUUAUGGCUCUGGUUAGCUGGUGCAUGGAUUAUGUCAGUGCCAAAACCCUUCAGGCCUACAAGUGGACCUACUACCAGAUGCAGCCUAACCUGCCUCUGCAGUUCCUGGUCUGGGUCACCUUCCCACUCAUCCUCAUCCUCUUCAGUGCCCUCUUCUGCCACCUCAUCUCUCCCCAGGCUGUCGGCUCUGGAAUCCCUGAAAUGAAGACAAUACUUCGCGGUGUUGUCCUGAAGGAAUAUCUCACCCUCAAGGCCUUCGUGGCCAAGGUUGUGGCCCUGACUGCGGGGCUGGGCAGUGGCAUCCCUGUGGGGAAAGAGGGCCCUUUUGUCCACAUUGCCAGCAUCUGCGCCGCUGUCCUCAGCAAGUUCAUGUCCGUGCUCUGUGGGAUGUACGAGACUGUGCCUGGGCAGCUUGAUCUCCUGGUGUCGGCCUGCGCAGUGGGCGUGGGGUGCUGCUUUGCAGCCCCUGUCGGAGGAGUGCUGUUUAGCAUCGAGGUCACCUCUACCUACUUCGCCGUGAGGAACUACUGGCGAGGAUUCUUUGCAGCCACGUUCAGCGCCUUUGUUUUCCGAGUGCUGGCCGUGUGGAACAAGGAUGCUGUCACCAUCACAGCUCUCUUCAGAACCAAUUUCCGAAUGGAUUUCCCCUUUGACCUGCAGGAACUCCCAGCCUUUGCAGCCAUUGGGAUUUGCUGUGGGUUCCUGGGAGCUGUAUUUGUGUACCUGCAUCGCCAAGUCAUGCUCGGUGUCCGAAAGCACAAGGCCCUCAGCCAGUUUCUGGCUAAGCACCGCCUGCUCUAUCCUGGAAUUGUUACCUUUGUCAUCGCCUCCUUCACCUUUCCACCAGGAAUGGGACAAUACAUGGCUGGAGAGUUGAUGCCUCGUGAAGCCAUCAGCACCCUGUUUGACAACAGCACGUGGGUAAAGCACGUGGGCGACCCCGAAAGCCUGGGCCAGUCAGCUGUGUGGAUUCACCCAGAGGUCAAUGUGGUCAUCAUCAUCACCCUCUUCUUCAUCAUGAAGUUCUGGAUGUCCAUCGUGGCCACCACUAUGCCCAUACCCUGCGGAGGCUUCAUGCCUGUGUUUGUGCUCGGAGCUGCAUUUGGAAGGCUGGUAGGAGAGAUCAUGGCCAUGCUUUUCCCAGAUGGUAUCUUAUUCGACGACAUCAUCUACAAGAUCCUACCUGGGGGCUACGCAGUAAUUGGAGCAGCAGCGCUGACUGGUGCAGUAUCCCACACAGUCUCCACAGCCGUGAUUUGCUUCGAACUAACGGGUCAGAUCGCUCACAUCCUACCCAUGAUGGUGGCUGUUAUCUUGGCCAACAUGGUGGCUCAGAGCCUGCAGCCCUCCCUUUACGACAGCAUCAUCCAGGUCAAGAAGCUACCCUACUUGCCUGACCUUGGUUGGAACCAGCUCAGCAAAUUUACAGUCUUUGUCGAGGACAUCAUGGUACGGGACGUGAAGUUUGUUUCAGCUUCUUGCACUUAUGGGGAGUUGCAAAACUUGCUCCAGACCACCACAGUCAAGACUUUACCACUGGUCGAUUCAGAAGAUUCAAUGAUCCUGCUGGGCUCCGUGGAGCGGUCAGAACUGCAGUCCCUUUUGCAGCGUCACCUGUGUCCUGAGCGGAGGCUGCAGUUAGCCCAGGACAUGGCAAGGAAGUUGUCAGAGCUGCCCUUCGAUGGGAAGGUGCGGCAGGCUGGGGAGGGGCGCCGUGGCGUCUGGCCCCAGGGUCGACCUGAGUCUUUUGCCUUCGUGGAUGAGGAUGAAGAUGAGGACCUCUGUGCGAAGCCCGAGCUUCCUCCUCUUCCUCCUCCUCACCCCUUUCCAACUGCUCCACUGCCCCCCGAAGAGCCCAAUGGGCCCCUGCCCGGCCACAAACAGCAGUUGGAAGCACCAGAGCUUGAAGGUAAAGAUUCUCCCAUCAUGCACCUCACCCUUGAGACUGCAGGUCAAAGACCCUCCAUCUUUCAGUCCCUGCUGCGCUGCUUGCUGGGCAGAGCUCGCCCCACAAAGAAGAAAAUGACCCAGGAUUCAGAGGAUUUAGUGGAUACCAUGUCACCUGAAGAGGUUGAGGCCUGGACGCGAGAGCAGCUGAGCCAGCCUGUCUGUUUUGACUCUUGCUGUAUCGACCAGUCCCCCUUCCAGCUGGUGGAGCACACGUCGCUGCACAAGACUCACACGCUCUUCUCCCUGCUCGGCCUCCACCUUGUGUACGUGACCAGCAUGGGGAAGCUCAGGGGGGUGCUGGCCUUGGAGGAGCUGCAGAAGGCCAUUGAGGGGCACGCCACGUCUGGGGUGCAGCUCCGCCCUCCCCUUGCCAGCUUCCGGAGUACCAGCUCCACUCGGAAAACUCCUGGGGGCCCACUCCCUCCUGCAGAGGCCUGGAGCCUGCCUCAGGAUGGAGGUGGGGCCCCUGGGGCAGGGGAUGGGGCUCCCGCCUCCCCAGAGCCCCCUGUCUCCUGGGCUCCGGCCAAGGCCGAGAGUGAGCUGGAGGAACUGGAGCUGGCGGGGGCCCCGGGGCCGGAGGAGGAGCUGGCCGACAUCUUGCAGGGCCCCAGUCUGCGGUCCACCGAUGACGAGGAUGAGGACGAGCUGGUGCUCUGAGCGCCUCCCAGGCCGC